UGGUCUAGGCAAUGGGUACGUCUCAGCUUCUUUGCUAUAUUAUUAAUUUUAUUAAUUGCUUGUGUUAUAAACUAAAUUGUAGCUAGCUUGGGAAACGCUAGGAUUUGCCAUGUGCGUUUAGCUUCGUGAGGUUCGGUACCGUUAUCUCGAUGUACCUGAUCUAUAGCUGGGAAGUAACGGCCAUCAGGAUAGGAUCAGUUCCUUCUGAGUCAGAUGUCAACUCGACAAGUUGUCUUGCGCCUUUUAUCCCAGGUGUGAUUUUAUAUUACUUGUUUUUGUAAUUUGUGUUAGUUUAGUUUUUGAAUUGUUAUUAUACAUUUAUUAUUGUUAUCGUGUCUGAACCUUUAUUUGCAGCAAUUCCAACACCUUCGUACAUAGGUAUACCAAACCCCACUGUUAAAGUAUCAAAUUUAAAUGAUGACCUUAUUGUUAUAAUAACAGAGUUAGCCUUCUGAUUUUGACUUUUACGUAAUGUAGUCAUGAUUAUAUGGACGUAUUUAUUAUUUACAGUAGUUUUAAGUAUAAGUACGAGUUGCACCUAACCUUGUACCGAGUCAGUUACCAUGUUUAGUGAUAUCGGGCAAGAACUGUCCUGUUAUUGUCGAGGCUAAGACAAAGAUACAUUUUUCAAAUAAAAAAUACAAAUAUGAAAAAAUUUAAAUUUGAAGACGCCCACAUGAGAUUCAAAUUACCACAUGUACUUCAUUACACGUGUGUAGGUACGACGAAAUGAUACAUAUAGUACGUUAUCUUAUAAAAACAGGUAUGAAAAAACAAUAUAAGUAGAAACAAGUCGUAAAUCCAUAGUUCGUGAUCAGCAAGCACGUUUUUACUAUUCACUUAUAAAUUGCAAACUGUAGUGAUUCCUCGCAUUGGUGAUAAUCGGCCCGACAAUGGUGGGUGGGUGGCGAUGUGCGUUCAUUAUAUGCGUCUGCGCCUGGUGCGGAAAUACCGCUCGAAUACUUAUCGUAGUGCCAACUCCUUCUAUUAGCCAUCAGGUAGUAUUCCGCCCAAUAGCACAGGAGUUAGCAAAGCGUCAUCGUGUUGUUAUUUUGACUACUGAUCCAGCCUAUCCAGAUCAGGCCCCGCCGAAUCUCACGGAAAUCGAUCUCCACGAUAUAUCCUACGCUCCAUGGAACGACCGCUUCCUCAAAACCGCUAAUGAAAAGCAAAAUAAUUUAUAUACGCAGGUAGGUACGGGGUUGGAUGUCAUAUUAGAAAUAUUCCCGAAGCAAAUGAAGAGUGAGGCUGUAAAGAAGGUGUUUGAAACAGAAAAGCAGUUCGAUUUAGUGAUAGCAGAAGGAUGGACAAGGCCGGCGCGGGCACUGUCUCACGUCUUCAAAGCGCCUGUUAUAUUAAUGAGUACUUUUGGGGGAACGGAUGAACAAUACCAGUUAAUGGGUGCUCCUGUCAACCCAAUAUUGUACCCAGACUUCCUGCGCAUGCGUCUGUACAAUCUUACAUUAUGGGAGAAAGUGACAGAGGUACAUAAUAGGUACAAAUUGUAUCGGUUAAUAAUGGCGCAUGAGGAGAAGGAAAAUGUUAUGCUUCGUGAUUUGUUUGGCAAGGAUACUCCUCCGUUAGAGGAAAUAAAUAAAAACGUAGAAUUGCUCAUGGUGAAUAUAGAUCCUGUGUUUGAGGGCUAUCGCCCUCUGCCGCCUAAUGUGAUACAUUUGGGGAGCGUUCAUUGUGCGCCGUCUAAAGAUCUGCCUCAGGACCUAAAAUCAUGGAUGGACUCAUCAAAGCAUGGAGUCGUUUACGUGAGCUUUGGCACGAACGCGGAUCCGUCGCUGCUCCCACCGGAGCGUAUGGCGAUCUUCAUUCGGAUCUUUGAGAAACUACCGUAUGAUGUGCUCUGGAAGUGGAAGGAACCGCCGGCGGGGCUGCCGGCUAAUGUGCGGACGGGGGCUUGGCUUCCGCAGUUUGAUCUGCUGCGCCAUAAGAAGCUGGUUCUCUUCAUCACCCAAGCGGGACUCCAGUCUACAGACGAGGCCCUUCGCGCUGGUGUGCCUCUUUUAGCAUUCCCCAUGCUUGGUGACCAGUGGUUUAAUGCUGAGCAAUAUGAGAGGCUUGGCGUAGGACGGCGGCUGGAAAUUUCUUCAUUUACUGAAGAACAACUACAGGAAAAUAUUGAGGAGAUUAUUAAAGACCAAGGUUACCGAUCCCGCUCUAAGCUUCUAAGUGAAGAGAUGCAAGACCGCUCAGAAUCGUCACUCGAGCGCGCAGUCUGGUGGAUCGAGCGCACAUUGCGGCGUCGCACGCGCAGGCGCGCCCCCGCCGUACAUGUCAACUGGCUAACGUUCAUCGAUGGAGACAUAAUAGCGGCCGCUCUAGUGUUGUUCAUUGGUGUGUUGGUGGUGUUUUUAGGCUUGUAUAAAAUGUUAACUAUAAGAAGCGUGAAAGUCAAGACUACUUAAUAGUAAAAUAGUUAUCAACUUGUUCUUUUCAACUUUUUUCGUUGUUAUUCUGCCCCGUCAGCCAGGGGACAAUAAUAUCGGGUGUUUCCUGUAACACGAGCAAUAA